AAUUUAGCAAGGCUCAUAAAAGGCAAAAAUCAAAAAUGUCUUUCGACUUGAAUCAUAAAUUUUGGGUGUCCACCCGAAAGGAAAUUGGACAACUAAUUAAAAAACAGAACCGCUUGAAGAAGAUAGAUCCUCCCCAGGAAAAAGCCAUAUCAUUUAAAAUUUUCGCAGAACUCUACGUUUUGUACGUGGAGCUAGUCGCCAAGUUAGGUUUCAUUUACCACAAUACUUUCCAAGUCCAAAAGCGGGAAUUAGUUCGUGUUUUGGUCGAGAGUGCGACUCAGCAGCUAAUGCAGCUCAAGGAGGAGUUGAAGGACUUGGAAAUGAGCGAGUACAUAUAUAUAGAUAAAGCUUUGAUCGCCAGGAAACUAACGCCGCGAGACUUGGUCAUAUGGAGAUCGCCACAGUUUUUGUACCGCCGCCCAUUGGAUGUUCAAAAUAUUCUAGCCGACAAUCGAUUGUACAUGGACGACGAGGAAAAGGAGGAGAAGGCUGCUCAGGAUUGGGUUCCUAUAAGUGAGGCCGUGAAGCUGAUCCAAGCUCAUGAGAGGGCACGCAGGGCUCGAGUAUAUAAGUCCAGCAUUAAGUACGACAAGAAGAAAUUCCUCAAGGUGUAUCAAAGAAAAAAAAUCAAUUAUAAGUUCACCUUCAAACCCGAUCAGGCAAUGAGUAUUCCCGUCAAGAGAACCAUAUUUUCGGCCGAUUUCUUGAAAGCUGACGAGUCCUGUGAAAACUUACGAAAAAAUGACGAUGUGGCGGAGACAGCAGUGGAUGAUGAAGAAGCCUUAAAUAGAAAGAGGAAUAUUGCUGCUUGUAAAAUCCAAAGCUGGUGGCGAGGUUACAGAACAAGGAAAAUAGUUACAAUUAGAAAAAGAUUUAAGGAAGAAUUGUAUGGUAUGAAGAAAAUAAGAAAACUAAAGCGACCGAACCAAAAUGCAAACGCAAUUAUGGAAAUGUACAAAAACGAGAUGCUCAAAAGAAAACUGGACGAGGAUUUCAUUAACUUGAUCAAUGAUGAACGCACCAGGCUUUUGCAAGUUCGAAGUCCAUGGAUGAUGGAAGAUAUUUCCGAUCACAUUCGGGAUUGGUUUAAAGAAUUUUACGAAAAGACUGGAAACUUUCAUCCUUAUCCUGAUCCUGUGAAAAAGGGAACAGUAUUAGUUGUCAUUGAUGAAACAAUGACCCCAAUGGAGUUUCAACAAUCCCUAGGUAAAAAGCCCUUGACAAAAGCAGAGAAAAAGAAAAUUCGAGAUAAAGAGAAGAAAGAUAAAAGAAGAAAGAAAGAAAAGGAGAAAUUAGUAAAAAUGAAGGAGGCGAAACGCAGGAAAAAAUUAAGAGACGCUGGAAUCAUCGAUAUCGGAUAUGAGUUAACUGCAAGCAAGGCAAUAGAAAACAUUGAGGAAACUAUGAAGAAAUAUGCCAAGGACUGGAGAAAUGUCGACGAAUAUCUUAACAAAAAUCAUGAUCCUAUCAAAGAUUGGGUUACAGAGGAAGAGCUGGCUAAGAUACAUCAGGAAGUAAGAGGUUUGGUCGACGAGUACAUGAGGGUAGAAUAUGAACUGCUCCGGGAAGCUCUGGCAAAGGAUAACAAUGAAAAAUAUAAGGCACUUAAAGUAAAGUAUCCAAAAAAGAAGAAGAACAAGAGGAAGAAGAAGCCAAAGGAUAUGACAGGAGAUAGAACUCUUGAAUCAUUGUACCAAGAGCUAAAAGAUGGCGGAAUAAUAGAGAAAGUUGCGCAUAAAGACUUUGACGAAUUUAUUGCGGACUUUAACUUUGUGGCAGACGACACUCGAAAUGAAGAUGAUUUGACUACAUUGGGUCCAGCUAAAGGUGAUAUUAAAAUGGUUAUUCAAGAGUCGAUGCUGGGAAUGGGAGAAUUCGAUAUUCCAAAACCCAAGUCUCUUUUAUUAAUUGGACCCCUAAAUAGCGGAAAAAAAUUAUUAUGCCAAAUUAUUGCAUCUGAAUUAGACGCAGUUUUUAUGAAUCUAAGUCCAGAGAAGACAUACAAGUAUGCCGAUGACUUGAAGUAUUUCUUACAUGUUGUCUUGAAAGUGGCGAAGGCGUUUCAGCCGACCAUAAUGUAUUUCGAAGAAGCUCAUCGAUUAUUUUGGAAAAAGAUUCCGCCAGAGGCAGUCGAGAUAAAACCAAGGCUUCUGGGCUCCUCCAUAGCCAGUAAAAUUUUAAAGCCCUUGAAGAAAAAUGACAAAAUUGUAGUCGUCGGCACCAGCAACAUGCCCUGGGCUGCCAAGGGGGGAAUUAAAAGAGCGUUCCAAAAAGUUCUGCUAAUUCCAAAGUGCGAUUAUGGCACCAGCUUCCUACUUUGGCUAGAACUGAUGACCGAAAACGCCCCAGAUGAUAUGAAGGAGCACGCGUAUUCUGCUCUGGCAAGAGUCUUACAAGCCUAUACCUCCGGCGAUAUCAAUGAAAAUAUUAAGCAGACAUUAAGUAUCGACCGCAAAAUGCGUCUUAAGAAUGAGGCAUUGGAUCCCAACGAGUUUUUGGAAUACUUUUUGAGCAAGAAUGAGCCCCCUAUUUUCCCUCCAGAGGAGAAGCUCAUGGAAAAGUUUAAUAAAUGGUUCGGCAGCGCAAACAAAUUGCAGAAAAUGAGAAAAAUUUAUGAUGCUCAAAAGUUGGCUAAAGCAAGCAAAAGGAAAUAGGAAAAAAUAUCUUUCUAAAUCGAUCAGCAAUGUAUAAAUACCUUGGAAGAAACGAUCCUAUUAAAUUUUUAAUACGUACUUAAAGUCGGAACUAUA